UCUGAAGUAUCGAAACAAGCGGCAGAUAUGAUACUAUUGGACGACAAUUUUGCCACAAUUGUGAUCGGAGUGGAAGAGGGGAGACGUAUAUUCGACAACAUGAAGAAGACUGUGUCCUACAUAAUGGCCGGCAGUGUCACCACAUUAUACCCGUUCGUGGUGUACGUGAUAUUCGGCUUUCCUCUGGCCAUCGGCACCGUCACAGUGCUGUUGAUCUGUUUGGGCACAGAUAUGAUGCCGGCCAUAGCGCUCGGCUACGAGAAGGCCGAGUCGGACAUAAUGCUGUUGCGACCGCGCAAUCCCAAGACCGACAAACUGGUCACCGCUCAGCUCCUGCUUCGGGCGUAUCUACUCAUUGGCCUAAUCGAGACGAGCGCCGGAUUCUUCGGCUAUUUCCUCACCUUUUUGCACGAGGGCUUUGAGCCAACCCUUCUGUGGCAGUCGCGCAUCGCCUGGGAAAACACCAGUCUCAACAUGACCAAUUCAUAUGGACAGGUUUUUACUUUUAAGCAAAGAGAAGAGAUCCAAAUGGAGGCUCAAAGCGCUUAUUUCAUUGUCAUUGUUGUCGUCCAAUGGAUUGAUGUAAUCGUUUGCAAGACUAGACGUCUGUCGAUAUUUCAACACGGAUUUGACAAUCACUUCCUGACAUUCAGUCUGAUCUUCGAGACGGCUUUGUCUGUAUUCUUCUGCUAUACGCCUAAAGUGAAUGAAGUGUUGUCUCUGAGACCAGUGAAGGGCUGGGUUUGGUUGUCAGCGAUUCCCUUCUUCUUCUUAAUCUUCAUUUUCGAUGAAACGAGAAAAUGGUUUAUCAGAAGACAUCCCUUCAACUUCUUCGCCAAGGAAUUGAUCGUUUGA